AACCCCUGCGGCGAAUGGGACGUGGUUUCUUUUCAUACGGCAGCGCCAGGUAAAAUAAAACCACCGUCUCGAAAAAGGAGUAAUGUUAUUGGCGCUGUCACAGCUUUAGACGAGGACAGGGAGAAAUGGGAGACAGCAAUGGAGUCCAGUUGUCAGACCCCCAGCUUUUCGACCGGCAGUUUGAGAAGCUGGUGUCUGAGCUGACGGAGUCGGACAUGACGGACCCCGUCCUCAGCGAUGCUCUAAACAGACUCCGCGAGAUAUUACAGUACAACGCUCCAGGUGGGAAGAGGAACCGGGGCUUGUCUGUGGUUGGCUCACUUCGAGAGUUUGUCCCGCCCUCCAAGCUGCCACCUGAAGAAGUUGAGCGCGCCCUGGUGGUCGGAUGGUGCAUCGAGCUGCUCCAGGCUUUCUUCUUGGUGGCGGAUGAUAUUAUGGACGCGUCUUUAACGCGGAGGGGUCAGCCGUGCUGGUAUAAGAAGGAAGGAAUCGGGCUGGACGCCAUUAAUGACGCUUUUCUUCUAGAGGGGUCCAUCUACCGCCUCCUGCGCAGGCACUGCAGAGGGCAGCCCUACUACAUUCAUCUGCUGGAGCUGUUUGCUGAGACGUCGUUCCAGACCGAGCUGGGUCAGGCGCUGGACCUGAUGACCGCACCGCCACACAAAGUCGACUUGGACCGCUUCACCAUGGAGAGGUAUAAAGCCAUAGUGAAGUAUAAGACCGCGUUCUACUCCUUUUACCUGCCGGUGGCUGCAGCCAUGUACAUGGCAGGGAUUGACAGUGAAGUGGAACACAGCAAUGCUAAACACAUCCUGCUGGAAAUGGGGGAGUUCUUUCAGAUCCAGGAUGAUUACUUGGACUGCUACGGUGACCCUGCAGUGACGGGUAAGAUCGGCACUGAUAUCCAAGACAACAAGUGCAGCUGGCUGGUGGUGACGGCGCUGGGCAUCAUGACCCCAGAGCAGAGGGCGGAGCUACAGGCGUGCUAUGGGCAGACCGACGCUGAAAGCGUGGAGCGAGUGAAGGCUCUCUACGACACGUUGGAAAUGCCUUUGCGCUACCACCAGUACGAAGAGGAGAGCUACCUGCGCCUCCAGAACCUCAUCCAGCGCCACGCUCAAAACCUCCCCCACGCAGUGUUCCUCAACUUCGCCAAGAAGAUCUACAAGAGGAAGAAAUGAGGCGGGAGUCAGUGGACUGGACUGCGUCAGACAGAGUCACAGAACAUGACUAUAGUCUGUUGGACUGCGUUUUAUCCGUGGUGUAAAUAUGUUCUCCAGAUUGUAGAUAUCUUUAUCUUAAACGCUUUGGAAAUAACACAGUUGAAACAAAACGUCACAGCUCUGUUUAUACGUCGUUUGGAAUCACCAGCUGUCCUGUACAUUGUGUGAAUGUUUUGUGAUGAGUGGAUUAAUAGAAAUGGUUCAAAUGACCAGGAAUACAACAACGUUACAUUGACAUACAUUACAGUUAUGUGCGGUUUUGAGGUUUGAGGUUUUGUUACCACGACAACCCAAUUGUCAUUUUCGCACAACUUUUUGAGGGUGGUUAAAUUUUGAGGAUGAACUACCUACUCAGAGAUAAUAAUGGUAAAUAAGGGCUGCCGAUUGGCGCGGCUAUCCAAGUUGCAGACUGUCCAUAAUUAAAUUGGGUAAACAUAUAAAAACAUGUUUCUUAUGA